CAAGUCUCUUCAGUUAUAUAUUAUAUACAGCCCUGGCGUCUCCACCCUCCCAUCCCACGACAGCCGCAAGCAUCGUUGAAGCCUCUGGCGUGCAUCCCGAAAUACCCAGCAGCGGAAGAUCGACCCAGCCAUGUCCGGAAGACCAAGUGUUGCCCGUGUGUACGCGCCCGUGAACGAGAAGCUGGGGAGAUCCUGGUGGGACUAUGACAACUUGGUGGUGCAAUGGGGCGUCCAGGACAACUAUGAGAUUGUGAGAAAGGUCGGACGAGGAAAGUACUCCGAGGUCUUUGAGUCCAUCCACCUCCCCUCCGACUCCAAGUGCAUCGUCAAGGUCCUGAAGCCUGUAAAGAAGAAGAAGAUCAAGAGGGAGAUCAAGAUUUUGCAGAACCUGGCGGGUGGGCCGAAUGUUGUCGGGCUGCUGGAUGUCGUUCGAGACAGUCAGUCAAAGACGCCUUCGAUCGUCACCGAAUAUGUCAACAACACUGAAUUCAAGACCCUCUACCCCAAAUUCACCGACUUUGACGUGCGGUACUACAUCUUUGAAUUGCUCAAAGCGUUGGAUUUCUGUCACUCCAAGGGCAUCAUGCACCGUGAUGUCAAACCCCACAACGUCAUGAUUGACCACGAGAAGCGUACUUUGCGGUUGAUCGACUGGGGACUGGCCGAGUUCUAUCAUCCCGGUACAGAAUACAAUGUCCGGGUGGCCUCGAGGUACUUUAAGGGUCCUGAAUUACUCGUCGACUUUCAAGAGUACGACUACAGUCUGGACAUGUGGAGUUUAGGAUGUAUGUUUGCGAGCAUGAUCUUCCGCAAAGAACCCUUCUUCCAUGGACACGACAACGCCGACCAGCUCGUCAAGAUUGCCAAGGUUCUUGGUACUGACGAACUUUAUGCCUACCUUGAACGCUACGACAUUGAGCUUGACACCCAAUUUGACGACAUACUAGGCCGAUAUCAGCGAAAGCCAUGGUCGCGGUUCAUCACUAGCGACAACCAAAGAUAUAUCUCGAGCGAGGCUAUCGACUUUUUGGACAAGCUGCUGAGGUAUGACCACCAGGAGAGAUUAACAGCCGAGGAGGCCAUGGGACAUGCGUACUUUGCUCCCGUGCGAGAAGCAGCUGCCAAGGCUGCUGCCGGUCAGUCUUAGAGUGUACGAGGGGAGGAACGGGGGUCGGGCUCAGCCUCGACGUAGAGUGUAUCAGACGAUACAGGAUGUGCGGUACCGAGGGAACGCGACUCGUCUCGGAUCUCGACUUGGUCUUUCCGGCUUUUUUUCAACCGUCGUGUAGGCCGUUACGGUAUAUACAAUACAGCUUUUUGUGCCAUUAUCAUCUCAACUUUGGACUGUCAGGGAUUUCAUGCAUCAAAUACUGGCCAGAGAAUGGUCC